GCGCGUGAGCGCCACUGGCAGCACACAGGCGCGAGAUAAAGAUGGCGGCGACGGUGGGGGAAACGGCGUGAUAUGCUGGAGUAGUGGCACUGAACCUGAGUAAAACCACUGUAUGACAAACCAUAGCAAAAUGGAGGCCAUGUCACAGUAGGUGUUUACUGGUAAUACCAAGUACUACAAACUCACCUUACCCCCUCUACCCCCCGAGAGAACAUUCAUUUUGUGAUUGUGGAGAAAUCUCACCGGGAGCAUGGCUUCGCAAAGUAACCAGUACAUCUUUGGGGAGUUCAGCCCAGACGAGUUCAAUCAGUUCUUUGUGACUCCCCGAUGUUAUGUUGAGCUUCCCCCGUUCAAUGAUAAAGUCACCUGCGUCAGCCAUUCCUCAGGAGGUUACUGCACUCCUGCUGUGCCUUACAUAACGGAAUCAUUGAGACGGCAGGUUUGCGGAGAGGACUACCAGCAUAUUGAGUUUGGUGUGGAUGAGGUAAUGAAUGCAGAGCCUGUUGCAGUGAAAGACUCGCUGUACAAAGUCUCUAGCACUCUUAAUCCUCAGGCCCCUGAGUUCAUCUUGGGCUGUCAGCCAUCUCAGAAGGCCCUUGCCACAGCCUCCCCUGUUGCUGAUAUCCCGGAUGGUGCCGAGUUCAACUCCCUAUGCUGCAGCAACUCCGAGACCUCAGACAUGGGCAGCCAUCAAGCCUGCUUGGACAUGGAUGGGGUUGCGGGUGGCUUGGGACAACGGAAGAAAAAGAAAAAACGACCGCCGGGAUACUACAACUACCUGGAGGGUUCAAACAGCACUGGUGUGACCACAGAUGGAGUGGGGCCCUCAAGCCUGGUCAACGGACAUUCACCAAAUGCUCCCCUGCUGGGUUCAGAGGACUUUGUUGGGGACGUUCUACCUGGGGAAGAGCUUAUCCCCCCAAAUUCUAUAACAUCUGCACCCCAAACCACCCCACUUUCCAAUCAGAGGACUUGUGAAAGCCCUGACAAUUCAUUGGACUUGACGAGUGGAGCUGCCUCUUUGUUAGACAGAAAUGGUGCAGCUUCUUUGUCUACUUCAUCUUCAUCCUCUCAGAGCAGCGGGGUAGCACAGAGUGCCAGGACUGCAGAGCAACAUGCAGAACCCCCUGCUUUAGAGAGCCCAGUACUGCUGGAUAACGGAAGGCACAGCUCUUCUCCACCUUCCCCUCUUCCCUGUGCUGCUCUGGCCACCCCUACAACCACAAUUCCUGCUACUACUGAUGAGAGGGAGGCCGAGGGCUUGGGGGAGGCUAACGGACUUCCAGAGACUCCCUCGACUCCUGGAGCUGUGGAUGGACUCCAGGACUCCUCUGAAACGAGUGAGGUGCAGUCUGCUUCCUCUCUAACCCCUCUCUUAUUAGACUCUGAAGUUCAGCCGGUAGUCUCGCCUGUUGUCCCUGCAGCACCUGCGGUCACCCCCCCGAAAUCCUGGGCCAGCCUCUUCCACAACUCCAAGCCUCUACCUGGAGGUCCUCAGGCAUAUGUUGAGGUGAAGAGUGUGCCUGCUGUUGUCACAUUCACACCGACUGCCUCUGAGUUGCCUGAAAAGGUCAGUGAGGUGCGUGAAGGCCCUGUCCCUGUGUCUGAAGACCCUAUGGCCCCAAAAUUGGCAGAGUUAAUUGAGAAUGUGAAGUUGAUACACAAACCUGUGUCUUUGCAACCAAGAGGACUGAUAAACAAGGGAAACUGGUGCUAUAUCAAUGCUACCCUACAGGCUCUGAUUGCAUGUCCCCCCAUGUAUCAUCUGAUGAAGUCCAUCCCCCUUUUCAGCGAGACUCAGAGACCCUGCACAUCCACACCCAUGAUGGAUAACUUUAUUCGGCUUGUGAAUGAGUUCAGCAACAUGCCUGUCCCUUCAAAGGCUAAACAGCAAGCUGCUGGAGAGAAGAUCUUGAAAGACCUUCGAGUGGGAGCUCCUUUUGAACCCACAUACGUCUAUAAACUCCUCACCCUCAUCAAAUCAAGCCUGUCGGAGAAGGGUCGCCAGGAAGAUGCAGAGGAGUACCUUGGUUUCAUUUUAAACGGACUGCAUGAGGAAAUGCUGGCACUGAAGAAGCUUAUCUCUCCACAGGAAGAAAAAGCCCCCACACCAAAUGGGCCCGAGUCUCAGUCUGGUGUGGAGGAAGACCCUGCUGAGAAGGAGGAAGGUAGUGAUGAUGAGUGGGAACAGGUUGGACCCAGAAACAAAACCUCUAUCACCCGGCAGGCAGAUUUCAUCCGCACUCCCAUCACCGACAUAUUUGGUGGCCAUAUCAGAUCUGUGGUGUACCAGCAGAGCUCAAAAGAGUCAGCCACCUUGCAGCCGUUUUUCACGCUGCAGCUAGACAUCCAGUCAGAGAAGAUCCGCACGGUCCAGGAGGCUCUGGAGGUACUGGUGGCGCGGGAGUCCGUUCAGGGCUACACCACUAAGAGCAAGCAAGAGAUUGAGAUCAGCCGAAGAGUGACUCUUGAAGAGCUUCCUCCGGUGCUGGUUCUUCACCUCAAGAGAUUUGUCUUUGAGAAGACUGGUGGAUGUCAGAAACUGAUCAAGACCAUUGAUUACCCUGUUGAUCUGGAGAUCAGCAAAGAUCUCUUGUCACCGGGCGUGAGAGGCAAAACUAUGAAAGGCCAAAGAACCUACAGGCUCUUUGCAGUCGUCUAUCACCAUGGGAACAGUGCCACGGGUGGCCACUACACUACAGAUGUCUUCCACAUCGGUCUGAACGGCUGGCUGCGCAUUGAUGACCAGGCGGUGAAGAUCAUCAAUCAGCAUCAGGUGGUGAAGCAGACUGCAGAGCGCACUGCCUACCUGCUGUACUACCGCCGUGUGGACCUGAUGUAGAAACCAUACUCCUACAACACAAACACGCAUACACUCACACUGACACGUUUACAUGCAGACACGCACACAAUCUCACACACACAACCACGUGUCUCGACAGGAACACUGCCCGACUUCACAAUUGCCCUUCUUCCCUUGACCCUGCUAUUCCAGAGAGCCAGCUUUUCCAAUUUUUGUUUUCUUUUUGGGAAGAGACAUCAGACGUAUCUAAAGACUUUUUCUGUAAUGGUGUUUUCCCCCUCUGCACACGGUCGAGGGGAGAAUCGUUAGCACUGCAGAACGCUCCAGUUUGGAGAGACAGACCUGAAUCACUGCAAAUGUCCACAGCCUUGUUUGACUGGCCAGAGUGUGGAUCCCUGCUGAAAGGACUCAAACCAGUUGAGGCUGAUGGACUGCUGGAGAAAAUCAUUCUUUCUUUUGAUUUUUGUUUAAUCUACUUUUUUAAAAUGGCAUAGGAAAAAAAAUAUGAAGUGUUUUGCCUUUUAGCAAAGAGGAGUUGUCGGCCUAAUUUGCAGCAGUUAAGUGGAGCCUGUUCAAUUCUUGACUAAAGCAUCAAAGUGGCCAACACCAGCAAGCUACCAAAAUAAUUUGUGUAGAUCUCAAUGUUUGGAGUUUGUCAACUCCACAAGCAAGACACUCUACUCCGCCACCACCACACAUCUCUUCCCCAUUUCUCUCAAUCCUUACGCUUGAGUCAUGGGAAAUGAAAGCGGGAGGGGGGGGGGGGGAACGAGUGCUGCAAGUGUGCUGAAUUGCAAAACGAAAAAAAAAUUGACUUCGUUUGAGACCUUCAGUGUGAUUUUUGGGUGUAGGAUUAGGCUAUCUUACAAUUUUAAUGCGCUUUAGGAUGUAAAAGAUUACAAAAGCUUUGUGCACGCUCUAUGAAACAAGUCAUUCAAAAAAAAACUAACUAAACAAGCGAGAGUGUGCAUUGUUUGCACAUUUCUUGCAGAUAUUUAAGUUUUAAAAGUAUUAAAAUCUGAAUCACCGGCGGUCACUUGAUCAGCUCCCUGGUAGGGCUUACGAUUAUUUGUUUAGGCUUUCUGUGUAAUUUUUCAUGCUGGCAGGAUACCAACGAUAUCCAAGACUCCCAUCAUGAACCAGUUUUUUUCGUCCCCUCUCACCAUCCUUCAUUAGUUCUGUUCUGUAUGUUGUAUGAAUAGUGUAUGCGCUGUGUCCGCUGACUUCCUCUCGAUGUCAGUAGAGCAGCAAGAACUGAGCCACUCCUGCCAAUUUUUCGAGAGGGAGCUGUUUUGAGAUACAUCCAGCCUGCAUCUCAUUCUGUACGUUAGCCCGCUCCGAGCAGUCAGCCUGUCAUGUACUUGUUGAGGCUCCCUGUGCAGCUCUGAGGAUGAUAUCCCAGAAUGGGGCGCAAGAAAUGUCUCUCUGCAGUUGAUUGGCUGUGUUGCCACAGGCUGAGAUCAGCUUUGAUUUGCAACCGCGCAUGCGCACAAAUCAUGUUUGGUGCGUCUGUUUCAGAGACCUUGCAUCAUCAAUAUUAUACCUGAUUGUAUUUAGUUAAUUUGUUUUUACUUCAUUCCCUAUUGGCUUUCAAUUUCUGUUCUAUUUAAAUUGAUAUUUUUGAGAAGAAUCGACCCAAGGUUAAAGCACAACAGUGAAUAAAGGUAUGUAAGUACUAUGCUUGACCUUAUUUUUCAUUUCAUUUUUUUGUUUUGCAUUUAAAGUCAGUCCCCUUACCCCUUUAAGAAAAGAAAAGUGAAAUAAAUUUGUGUAUAGUGAGCUUGCUUGGGGCCCAGGCAAGAUAUGCAAUUUGUUUUGCAGGAUCUUGGAGGAAAAUGUGACGUUAAAUAAAGUUUAGAGUACUUCAAGCGUUGUUGGUAGAUGAACGAAUCAUCACAUGAGCUAAAUAAAAGUGGUUUGGUUUUUGAGUGAUUGAAAUCUGCACACAUUCCUUGUGGGCAUGUUGCUGAAUAUAUAUACCUGCUAAUGAACUUUCAGAGAAUGUUUCAGGCUUACCACUCGCUACACAAGCGAUCAGGUGCAUUUCAGCCAAUCACAAAUGCACAGACUUGUUUCUUUUUGAAGUUGGCAGUGAACGCGUCGCUUCCAGGAACCGAUCCUUUGAGCUCUUCACACAGUCCUGCCUCUAACCACAGGUUAGGCUGGUGUGUGAACUCAUCUUUCCACUCCAGAAAUGCAGAGCAUGAAUUUCACAUCCAUCCGAACAAUCUUAUUUUAUCACACCAGUCAGAAACUUCCUUCAAAUCCGUGCUGUAUCUUGUCAUUGAAUUGACUUGGAUUCGCAAGAGGUCGAGUUUCAGCUUUCUUUUACAGUUGCCAAGUCAUGUUCCUAUUUCAAUUUGGUUUGUUUGGAUUUACAGAAGGACACAAGGAACGCUUUCCCUGUCGUGAAAACCAAAGGAUACAGAACUUAUAUAUACAGACACUGCUGCCUCUUAGAAGAUGAAAUGUACGAAUUAAGUAUUUUUUCCUUCCUCCCUCUCAACUCCCAAACUUUGAUGUCUUCAUGUGCGCCAUUCUAGAACUUGACCUGAUUUUGGUUGACAUGCUGACUCAUGAGGAGGAGCUUUUUUUGGAAAGAAAAAAACAGUUUCUGAGUGUUGGUUUAAACGCCGUCUCUUGUUUGUUUUCUCUUGUGCGUUUCAAGGGGGAGAUCUGGUUUCCAUGUAUUAGUUCAACCCUUGAGACGGUUUCUUUCUCUUCCUUCAGUAAUGUCGGUCAGGGGAAAAGUCCUGGUGUAUAGUUCAGAAGAUGUUUGUCUUUUCAGUUUGUGCUUCCUAACCCCUUGUGUCUGCUGAGAUCUUGAUGCGUUGGGAAAAAUUGAGCUAAAUACAAACUAUAUGCUGUGUCCUCAUCCUUGGCCUUCAGCCUUCUACUUUUUUUUUUUUUUGUCAACUGUUCAAAUAAAAAAUAAAUUGUGGCAGAGCUUUA